UGCCCCGUCCCGGGCGUGUGACAGGAGCUUCGUGGCCCGCGGGGGCCGCCCCACGUCGUGAAAAGGAAGAACUGAGGAGAAAACAAGCUAUGAAAGUAUUGGUUAUUGGCCUUGGAGGUGUAACAAAUGGGGGAAAAACAACGCUAGCAGAAAAGCUCAAGAAAAUGCUUCCCAACUGUGAUAUAAUCUCUCAAGAUGACUUCUUUAAGCCAGAGUCUGAAGUAGAAACAGAUGAACGUGGAUUUAAGCUAUAUGAUGUACUUGAUGCCCUCUAUAUGGAUGAAAUGGUGAAAAGUAUUCACAAUUGGAUGAAAAGUCCAGCAAGCUCAGGUGUUGUGACAGAACAGCCACAGAAUACAUGUGACAAUCUGAAAAAUACAGAUGAUGUUUAUAUUUUGAUUGUUGAAGGCUUUCUGCUCUACAGUUAUGAGCCGCUUAAUGAACUAUGGAAUAGAAGAUAUUUUUUGACCCUUCCUUAUGAAGAGUGCAAAAAAAGAAGGAGCACCAGAGUCUAUCAGCCAGCAGAUACACCGGGGUACUUCGAUGGACACGUGUGGCCUAUGUAUCUGAAAUAUAAAAAUGAAUUGGAAGAGAAUACAAGUAACAUUGUUUAUUUGGAUGGAACAAAAUCCCAAGAGGAGCUUUUAUCCCGUGUGUAUAUUGAUAUAAUACAGGACUUAAAAAAGCUGAGGGAAGUAAAUCAGCAGGUCACAGCAUGA